AUGCCGGGGAAGCAGGGCUCGGCGGGCGGUGGUGGCGGCGGUGGCGGCGGCGAGCUCCCGGGGGCCGGCGCUCCGCGGCAGCGGAGGCGGCGGAGGAAGGUCUCCUGCUUCUCCAGCAUCCAGCUCUUCCUGGUGUCCGAGUGUGCCCUGAUGCUGGCCCAGGGCACGGUGGGAGCCUACCUGGUGAGUGUUUUAACCACCUUGGAGCGGCGAUUCAACCUCCAGAGUGCUGACGUGGGUGUAAUUGCCAGCAGCUUUGAGAUUGGCAACCUGGCCCUCAUCCUCUUCGUGAGCUACUUUGGAGCCCGAGGACACCGGCCACGCUUGAUAGGAUGUGGAGGGAUAGUCAUGGCCUUGGGUGCCCUCCUUUCUGCUUUGCCUGAAUUUCUGACCCACCAGUAUGAAUACGAAUCAGGAGAGAUACGCUGGGGAGCUGAAGGGAGGGAUGUGUGUGCUGCCAAUGGGUCCACCAGUGAUGAGGGACCAGACCCAGACCUUAUCUGCAGGAAUAGGACUGCUACAAAUAUGAUGUACUUGCUGCUCAUUGGAGCACAGGUCCUCCUGGGCAUUGGUGCUACCCCUGUCCAGCCCCUGGGAGUUUCCUACAUUGAUGACCACGUGAGGCGGAAAGAUUCCUCUCUGUACAUAGGGAUCCUGUUUACGAUGCUGGUAUUUGGACCAGCUUGUGGAUUUAUCUUGGGCUCCUUCUGUACCAAAAUCUAUGUGGAUGCUGUCUUCAUUGACACAAGUAAGCUGGACAUCACCCCGGAUGACCCUCGGUGGAUCGGUGCGUGGUGGGGAGGCUUCCUGCUCUGUGGUGCCUUACUCUUCUUCGCGUCCCUGCCGAUGUUCGGGUUCCCACAGUCCCUGCCCCCGCGGCCGGAGCACGCUGGGGAGAGCGAGCAGGCCAUGCUUCCCGAGAGGGACUACGAGAGAGCCAAGCCCAGCAACGGGGUUCUGAGGAACCCUCUGGAUGAGGAGAGCAGCACCACCUGCUUCCAGCAGCUCCGAGUGAUCCCCAGAGUAACUAAGCACUUGCUCUCCAACCCUGUCUUCACCUGUAUCAUCCUGGCAGCCUGCAUGGAGAUAGCUGUGGUUGCUGGCUUUGCUGCCUUCCUGGGGAAGUACCUGGAGCAGCAGUUCAACCUCACCACCUCAUCUGCCAACCAGCUCCUGGGGAUGACAGCAAUCCCGUGUGCAUGUCUGGGCAUAUUCCUGGGUGGCCUCUUGGUGAAGAAGCUCAGCCUGUCUGCUCUGGGAGCCAUCAGGAUGGCCAUGCUGGUGAACCUGGUGUCCACAGCUUGCUACGUGUCUUUCCUGUUCCUGGGAUGUGACACAGGACCUGUGGCAGGGGUUACUGUUCCCUAUGGAAACAACUCAACUCCAACCUCAUCUCUGGAUCCAUAUUCCUCCUGCAAUAACAACUGUGAAUGCCAAACUGAUUCCUUCACUCCAGUCUGUGGGGCAGAUGGGGUCACAUACUUAUCUGCCUGCUUUGCUGGCUGCAGCAGCACGAAUCUCAGUGGCUGUUCGUGCCUCACCUCGGUCCCUGCCGAAAAUGCCACCGUCGUUCCUGGGAAGUGUCCCAGCCCUGGCUGUGAAGAGGCCUUCUUGACAUUCCUCUGCGUGAUGUGCGUUUGCAGCAUGAUCGGGGCCAUGGCGCAGACGCCGUCGGUCAUCAUCCUCAUCAGAACCGUGAGCCCCGAACUCAAGUCUUACGCUUUGGGGGUGCUGUUCCUUCUUCUUCGUUUGUUAGGUUUUAUCCCACCUCCACUGAUCUUUGGGGCUGGAAUUGACUCCACGUGUCUGUUUUGGAGCACGUUCUGUGGCGAGCAAGGAGCCUGUGCACUGUAUGACAACGUGGUCUAUAGAUACCUGUAUGUUAGUAUUGCUAUAGCCCUGAAGUCUUUUGCAUUCAUCUUGUACACAACCACCUGGCAGUGCUUGAGGAAAAACUAUAAAAGAUACAUCAAGAACCACGAAGGUGGGCUCAGCACUAGUGAGUUUUUUGCCUCUACUCUCACCCUAGACAAUCUGGGGCGGGACUCGGUGCCCCAAAAUCAAUCACAUAGGACAAAAUUUAUCUAUAACCUUGAAGAUCACGAGUGGUGUGAAAAUAUGGAGUCUGUUUUAUAGUGAUUGUGGAGGGGUGAACUUUAUUAAUAAUAGAAGGGUCCUUUUUAAUAAAAA